UACUCACCCACCGCAGUGUGAGGCGAAAGAACCGAAAGCGUUGUGGCUGGUGAAAACAUGUUAGAUAAGAUUACUAACAUCGCCAGAUCAAUCUGAUCACGGGUGGCUGUUAGCACCCGCCACAGCCUGCACGGUGCCCUGCCUCCUGCCACGCACGCUACUUGCUUUCGUUUCAUUCCACUGCUUCCGAGGACACGACAGACGUUAUGGCGCCGUAUCUGGAGACCGUUAAGUCAUUUGCAGACGUUACUGUGACCGACGCUGGCGUCGACACUCUUGAGUUCCUGCAGGCCGCAGACGGUGUGGUCAAACUCUUUGAUCUCUUGGGAUCGGCCGCUUUCACCGCUGUGCAGAGCGACCUCAAGGGUAACAUCGCCAAAGUUCGCGCCAGGUAUGAAGCCAACCCCGAGCAGUCCGCCACUCUGGAACAAUUAGUAGAGAACGAGAAGGGCGAGAAGAAACGCACGGCCACGGAAGGCCUGAUGUGGUUGCUGCGUGGCCUUGGCUUCACAUGCAAGGCCCUGCAGAAUGUACAGGCCAACGCUUCCGAGGAACUCUCGGUCGCUUUCACCAAGUCUUACGACGUGACCCUGAAGAAGUUCCACAACUUCUUGGUCAAGGGCGUCUUCGCGGUUGCAAUGAAGGCGUGCCCCUAUCGUGCGGACUUCUACACUAAAUUGGCCUCGGAUCCUGCGGGAGGCCCUGCGGUUCCGACCGACAAAUUGAACGAAGAGCUCAAGAAGUGGCUCGCUGGCCUUGACUCAAUUGUGACGAGGAUAGAGGCAUUCUACGAGAAGGGCGGGCACAACAAGGGCUUCUGAUGUGUCGGACGAGACGUAGGCACGAGUUGUGUGUUUUAGCAAUCUAUCAGGUACAGUGCAUGUAUAGUCGCCUGUGAUACCCUAAGCCGCUUU